AUGAAAAAGUCGCUAGAGUCCAUCACCUCAAGGAUCCAGCUGGUCAUGAAAAUCAGCAAAUAUGUUCUGGGCUACAAACAGACUCUGAAAAUGAUCAGACAAGGCAAAGCCAAAUUGGUCAUCUUGGCCAACAACUGCCCAGCCUUGAGGAAAUCAGAUAUUGAAUAUUACUCUAUGUUGGCCAAAACUGGCAUACAUCACUACAGUGACAAAAGCAUUGAAUUGGGUACAGCAUGUGGAAAGUACUACAGAGUUUGUACACUGGCCAUCAUUAAUCCAGGUGAUUCUCAUAUCAUUAGAAGCAUGCCAGAAAAUACCAUUGAAAAGUAA